UAUCUUUCAUUGUUGUCCUAUUUUUUUAGGCUUCAAUUUCCCUUUAAAUAAUUAGGUGGUGAAUUCAAUUGACAUUUUGAGAGAUUUCAAUGUCUUACUCGAUUGAAAAACCAAAAAGUCUUCAACACUCUCCCUUGUACAAGAACAAAAUCUUAACGCCGUAGAAAUUUCAAUGUUAUUUCUCCACUCCACCAGUCUUUCUGCUCUGCAACGCCUUAGAAAUUUCACUUCGCUCCUCUGAGCUCGCCGGAGCUCCUUCCUAGAUCUCGGCCUCCGCCGCAACCCCGUCGUCGUCUUCGUUUCGCUCAAAGAUCCGAGCUUUUCUGCAUGUCGGUGAUGUUCAAUUCUUCAUAGCUUUCCAUUCAACCGAUUCAAUUGUCGUUUAAUGCAUUAAUUUCAAACCCAAAUAGUAGAUCGGCAUAAUCUUCAAAACCCAUAUCUCAGAUUUCUCUAUGAAGUGUUCACGUCUUCGAUUUCUUUCACUUGCCUCUGUUAGUGUAGCCUUUCACUGUACAUAUAGCUCUUGAAAUUUUGAAGAUCUGCUCGAUAUUUUUUGCUCUGAAUUCGAAUUGGUACUUUAGUUAGUGACAAUGUCUGCGAUUAAAGUCGAUUCUGCUAAGCCGUAUUUCGCUACUAGCAGUCUUGUGAUUGGGGAUGCUCUCUGUUCUAGCUUGUUAGCCGUGAUAAACAAGUUUGCCAUUACCAAAUUCAACUACCCUGGCCUUUUGACUGCAUUGCAGUACCUUACAUCUGCUUUGGGAGUUUGCGGUUUGGGAAAGUCAGGAUUUUUGCACCACGAUCCCUUCACAUGGCAGACGGCCAAGACGUUUUUGCCCGCUGCACUUGUGUUUUACCUUGCUAUCUUUAUCAACACCAAUCUUCUUCGCCAUGCGAAUGUGGAUACGUUUGUAGUGUUUAGAUCCUGCACGCCCCUUUUGGUUGCGCUGGCGGAUACUGCGUUUAGGAAGCAGCCAAUCCCGUCUAAGCUUACCUUUGUAUCGUUGUUGAUCAUUUUGGGUGGAGCUGUUGGUUAUGUGGCCAGCGAUUGGGUUUUAGUUCGACUGCGUAUUCGUGGGCGUUUGCCGAUUUGGUGACCAUUGCAACUAAGAUGGUUUAUAUUAAGCAUAUGUUCACGAAUGUCGGUUUGAAUGCUUGGGUUUUUGUGUUGUACAACAAUCAUUUGUGACAGAUGAUGGCUCUACCGUUUUGGAUUAUUA